GCCUUUGCUGGGGGCCGAGCAAGCCGCCUGCCUCCUUUUAUGCACAACGAAACUGUGAUGAAGGCAACAGGAGUCAGAAAACUAUUCAUUCCAGGAAGUCCCCGUAUCCGGUAAGAAGUAAGAAGUACAACAGGCACAGGAUGCGCCUCGGGUCGGGGGGACGUGACGAGCCUGCAGCCUUUGUGUCCUCCUCUGCCCCAGAGAGGCCGUGGCCAAGCCCAUAGCUCCCGCCCAAGCGCAGCUGGGAGCCCGGAUCACGACCAAAUGGCCACCUCCACUGGCAUGUCCUUGCUCCUGCUGCCGCUGCUUCUGGGCUGGCCUGGGACUGGGGCCACGGCUGAGGCCGUGGUGUGUGCGGGGACUGCCUGCUACACAGCCCACAGGGGCAAGCUGAGUGCGGAUGAGGCCCAGCUCAACUGCAGUACCAAUGGAGGCAACCUGGCCACAGUGAAGAGCGCCGAGGAGGCCCAGCGUGUCCAGGAGGCCCUAGUCCAGCUUCUCCGGCCCGAGGAGCCGCCGACUGCACGCAUGGGCAAGUUCUGGAUUGGGUUGCAGCGGGAGAAGGGCAAGUGUCUGGACACCAGUCUGCCACUGAAGGGCUUCAGCUGGAUCGGCGGUGGGGGCCACUCACCGUACACCAACUGGCAAAAGGAGCCAAAGAGCACGUGCAUCUCCAAGCGCUGCGUGUCCCUGCUGCUUGACCUGUCCCUGCAGCCCCCCACCAGCCGCCUCUCCAAGUGGGCUGAGGGCCCUUGUGGGAACCCUGCUUCUCCGGGAAGCAACAUCGAGGGCUUCAUCUGCAAGUUCAGCUUCAAAGGCAUGUGCCGGCCCCUAGCCCUGGGGGGUCCAGGCCAGGUUACCUACACUACCCCCUUCCAGGCCACCAGCUCCUCCCUGGAGGCUGUGCCCUUCGGCUCCAUGGCUACCGUGGCCUGUGGGGAAAAGGGCAAGGAGGGGAACAAUUAUUUCCUGUGCAAGGAAAAAGAAGCCGAUGUGUUUGACUGGGGCACCUCGGGCCCCCUCUGUGUCAGCUCCAACCUCAGCUGCAGCUUCAACAAUGGGGGCUGCCAGCAGGACUGCUUUGAGGGGGGUGAUGGUUCCUUUCGCUGUGGUUGCCGGCCAGGGUUUCGGCUGCUGGAUGACCUGGUGAGCUGUGCCUCCCGAAACCCCUGCAGCUCCAACCCCUGCAGAGGGGUGGCCACAUGUAAGCCUGGUCCCCUUGGGAAAAGUUAUAGGUGCCACUGUCCCCCAGGCUACCAGCUAGACUCGAGUGAGUUGGACUGCAGCGAUGUGGACGAGUGCCAGGCCUUCCCCUGUGCCCAAGAGUGCAUCAACAUCCCCGGGAGCUUCCGCUGUGCCUGCUGGGUGGGCUAUGAGCCCGGGGAGGGGACCUGUCGGGAUUUGGAUGAGUGUGCCCCAGGCCGAAACCCCUGUGCCCAGGCCUGCACCAACACCAAAGGCUCCUUCCACUGUUCCUGCAAGGAGGGCUACAUGGUGACUGGCGAGGAUGACACCCAGUGCCAGGAUGUGGAUGAGUGCAUAGACCAGGGGGCUAGCCCUUGUGAGGGCCUGUGCUUCAAUGUGCCAGGCUCCUUCCACUGUGGCUGCCUGCCAGGCUGGGAGCUGGCCCCCAACGGAGUCUCCUGCAUCCUCAGCCACACGUCCCCUGAACCUCCCACAGAGGGACCUCCCCCCCAGAGAGAGGACCGGGGGAGCAUCGCCCCUUCUGUGGUAACAUCCAGUCCCCCCAGGGACUCUGAGGACAUCUCUGAGGAAGCACCCACCAUGGGGAGACCCUCCCUGCCCUCCAACAUCCUCAUCAACCAUGUCCCACCGGAGACCGUGGUCUCCAGUGGACCCCCCAGCAUAAGGGUGGAGCCUAGCACCAGCCACCCCACGGCCACUACUGGCCAUGCUGAGUCUGGAGAUGGAGAUCUGAUGGCCAAACAAAAUGAAGACAGCACCAAUGGGCAGAAACUGCUUCUCUUCUACAUCCUGGGCACCGUGGUGGCCAUCUUACUAGUGCUGGCUCUAGCACUAGGGCUACUGGUCUACCGCAAGCGGAAAGUGAAGAAGGCAGAGAAAAAGGAGAAAAAAACCCCAAGCGCAGCUGACAGUUACUCCUGGGUUCCCGGGCGAGCUGAGAGCAGGGCCAUGGAGAAUGAGUACAGACCAACGCCUGGGACAGACUGUUGAUGGGAGAUGACCCCAGAUCCUUUCAGUGCCAGAUGACUGCCACCACCCUCAGAUCCUGAAACACCUGGCCAGAGCAGGGGUCUCAUCCUUCCCAAAGAUUGGACUGGAGUCUCAGCAAACAGUUGUGAACUUUCUCCUUCAAAGGCUUUGAGCUUGGGCAUCUGCAGGCAUCUUCUGUGUGUGUGUAGGGUUUCUCAAGUGGAGGCUAUGCAGUGGGCUGUUGUUUCCCCAAUGCUGUGAAUGUUAACAGUGCUCGCUCACUCUCUCUUUUCAAAUUCCAAUGUGACUGAUUUCACUUCUCCAGUAGAUUCUGGAUCAAGGGAUCAGUGGACCGGUGCUGAUGGCACUCCCUUUGUGCUGGGCUCUGUUCGCCUUCCUCAUCUGAAGGGGAAAGGGCAGUCUGCUAGUCAGGGUUGUGAUGGCAGGCUUCUCUUAGCAGAAGAGAGACUAGGUCAGUUAAUUGUUUAAUUAUAUUAAAGGCAUUUUUUUUCUUUUUGUCAAAGGGGAAAUCCACAGGACUGGAAAAUGUUCUUUGCAUUUACACUGCAUUUUCCCAUUCUGAGUCCUCCUGUGUUCUGUACUGUCGAAACCCCCUAGAAACCCCCUAGAACGGCCGCAGGUCCAGUCAACUGCCCAGGCAGCCAGGAGGCAGGGAGUUUAGAAGUCACAUUUCCUAUUUCUUAAGUUUCUAAUAGUCUUGGGUGUUUUGCAAGAGAAGUUUGAAAAAAAGAAAAAAAAAGUGAAAUGUUGUUUGAAGUGAGUUAAAGGUCUUUUUGGAAAUGUAAUCUAAAGGGCUAGAGAGGGGGAAGGAGCUUAUUUCACAGGGACAUUAAUGCAAGUUAGGCCACUGUUGAGAUGAACGCUAAGAAGAAACAAAUCCAAAGACAGCUUUUGUCUGAGCCAGUGGGGGCACCAAGAUACCAUCGAGGCUUCUGUCCCCACUCCCCACAGCUCUGAAUCCAAAUGCUUGCAUUCUUAUUGUUUCCUAAAGGAUGUGUGGCAGCUGUGACAUGCUGUGUUUUGAAAACUUUCGUUAUAAAGCAUUUCAGACUAUUUCAUAGUCCAUACCACAUCCUGAGAACGCCAAACCCUGAUUUAAAGGUGUCCAACAUCACAGAGCUAGGGACUGGGCAUGUGGAAUGCCAUCACGGCAUCAUUCAAGAAGCUCUUAUCCUUCUAUCUUAAAAAGGGAGGGACGAAGAGAAAAAGGUUAAAACUUUUGUAACACAAAAGCUGUCCAAAGCAAGUUCAACCUCUGUCCUCCUUUGUAAGCACACACUCGCACGGACUCCCUCCAACAACGUAUGGUCCAUAGCUCUCUCGAGGCACAGUGCUGCCUGCUGAGACACCAGAAAGCGGCCCGUGGCGUCACCGAGGGUCCGAGUGUCAGAAGUUUCCUGAGCAGCAUUUGGACUCUCAGGUUGCCUGGUGGCUUUUUGCUGAUAUCCUGUCAGAGAAUGGACAGAGGCAAGGGGUCUCUUUCCAAGGACUCCAGCGUUUGUGCCUCUCAGAAUAAAAAUGAUGUAAUUAUUCCGGUUUUGCCUUAGAAAUGUACCCCUCCUGGAGGUGGACCCCUGGCAGAGUCCAAUAACCCCUCAUGUGCAUAGUCUUUAGGGUUGAAGAAAUGUUCUUUUGCCAGUUUUGAAACACCGAUGCUAUAACUCAGUUUUUUGUUUUUUUUUUUUUAAGGAAAUGGACAAAUGACAGGAUGAAAAGGAAAGAUUGAGGCUUUGUGGGGCUUAACAGGAUGUUCAGAACUUAACGCUUUUUUAAAGUCAUCUCAUAUUCUUCAGUUUCUACUUGGGAAACAUAGUUUAACACUUUAGCAAGACAGAGAUUGGCAAUUUGGCAUGACUCGGUGGGCACAAGACCCUCAAAGUGAGGUUUGCUGUCUGUUGUAUGGAAACCAACCAUCCAGGGACUCAGAUGGUUUAAGAACCUGAGUAGACGGCUGCUGACAGUGCCUGUGUGUGAGUGAGAACAAACGCAUACUCAACACCUUCACCUUCUUACCUUCCUACACUUAUCCUUUGGGGUGAUACGAAGAUACUCCUUUAAGGGCUGAGCAGAUGCUUUGCGGUCCUGAGUUUGCAGAGAUGAUAAGGUGUCUACCCAUCUUCACAGUGUUGUGAUUCCUGACAUGCCCGUCCCCAUGUCCUGGCCUCUGCGUUUGAGUUCUUCUGUGGGUGGGAAUGUGCAACCCUGACCCCAACUCCAGGAGGAUCCCGGAGCCCCUCUGUGGAAGCCACACGUGGAAAAAGAUAAGAACACAGUUAGUUCUUCAAAAUCUCUCCCCGAGAAAGUAGUGUCCCUCGCAGGAUAGAAAUCAUCGGCCUUAAACACUUUAGUCUCCCCUUUCUUUUUGCAGUCACUUUGAAGCAGGCAGAUCCUUGUUUGGGAAGCUCAGGGGCCACAACUGGUCUGGAUAAACACAUGCUCAGUGGUGGCGGGGCCACUGACAAGUCAUCCAUUUACCAGAUGGGCUGCGCUGUGGAGCUCUUGGUCCCUUCAGGAGGGUGUGCAGCUUGUUCUGCCCCUGCGGUGACCACUCCCAUGGUAUCACCAGGCUUGGCAUCAGCAGAGGCGGCUGCCCUUAACCAGCAAAAACAGCCAGGGCUAUGGGCCCAGGGAGAGGGCACCACGUGGCAAUUUGCUUAAGAACAAUGGGGACUUUUUUUUGGUCCAAAUAGAAUUUCCCAUAGCACAAUAAUUCCGGCUCUUAGAAAACGGCAUUCAGGACUAAUUCACCGCUCCUGCCUCCCAAGAAGAGCAUUUAGAAGGGAGAUGCCUCCUUGAAAUCACAGCUCACAGUGGCCAUUCCAGAAUUUCAGGCAAUAAUCAUUGCUUUUUUCCCUUGUUCAUAUUUUGAAUUGCAGGCUGUUUUCCUAGUGAUGUUGAGUGGCUGGGUUACACCAGGUUCCGCCUUGCAGGGAGGAGAGAAGCAGGCUGGGGGCAGAGCCAGGCCCCACGAGGUACCUUCUAACCCUAAGUGUCAUUCAAUGACAGAAUAGAAAUCUUCAGAAAAGCUCAUCUUAAUAUCUUCUUUACAGUGAUUAGGAAAAAAAAAAAAUGAAGCAAAAGCUUCAAUAUUUAUAUGUGCGUAUAUACGUACAUUAUGUAGGAAGCACUGAGUUGUAAAUGGGUUUCUUUUCUCUUACACACACACGUGCAUGUUGCUAUUCUCCUUUAAGCUCUUCUCAUGCAGCUUGCUUCAGUGUCAGAGUGUUGGGGCCUGAACAUUUACCACUGAACGGUCUUUGAAUCCUGUGGAUAUGACUGUCAGGUACCUUUGUUCCAGUUCUCUUUCCCGAAACUAUUUCUGUGGAAACUAAGAGAACAUAGAUGAGAUUUGAUUUAAAAUAAAGCCAUUUUUAAAAGCGAAUAUAGGAAAACCUUUUCCUAGUAUUUUCCUUAUUAGUUGCUACAUUGUUUAAACCAGGGAAACAGGAAGGUAUUGCCUUCUAGCAGCUGCAAAAUGGCUUACUGCAUAUUUCCAUCACCUUAGCAUGGGAAUCUGAGCUAUGAGCCCUGAGAACAUCUGUCCUCGUGCUGGCUGCAAACUCAGUGCUUCAAUUUCUAUGGUUUGUGGAGUUUGUCAACCAAAAAAAAGAAGGGGGAGGAGGGUGGAUAAGAAUCCAAAUUUUCCACAUAUUUAAUAUUCAAAUACUCUUGCAAUCCAUAUUCCCAGGUCUAGUACUUAGUGAAGUGUUUUUUGAAAAAAAUGAACUAUGUUUCAGUCUGUAUUUGGAGAUAGUGCCCAUCUAUUUUAGAAACUAUGGAAUUCCUCUCUCCCAUUGUAACUCUUAUCUGCAAAGUAGCAUGCAUUUCCUUUCUGCAGACUUUGCCUGCUAGUCCUCCUGGGCUGAAGGUCUUUGUGCAGAUUUGGAUUAAACUUGGACAAGAUCAUGUGUGAGGCUUUGUUCUCUGAUAUUAAAUGUGAUUGUAAACGUCAGCAAUCACUUCAUAAAUCUCAAUGAAGAUGUAAGUACUUCUGAUAUGUGUAUUUGAAAUUUGUCUGACCAGUUCUGGAAUGACGGGAUUUCUGUGCAGGAUUUAUUUUUGUCAGCCCAUGUAUAAGUGUUUCACAGGUUGUGGGGAAAGUAGACUUGACUACCGCGCUCCUCCUUGGAGGCUGGACAAACUCAUGGGGAAUCUCAGCGCAGCCUUUAAGGAGUAGCAGCUUUGUCUUCUUUUGUGCUUUCUGUUACCCACCUGUUCUAAUAAACGCUGGAAUACACCUGUUGUGAACUUGUUUUAAU